CCGUAGGCAAAAUGAAGAAGAGACCGAGACAGCGGAAAAACUGUCGUCACACGUGCGCCCGCGGAAUGAGAUGCGGGCCAAAGGCCAGGGCAGGCGGGGCCACCUUUUCGGAUGUCGAAAAAAGCCCAUCACCCAAGCGGACGAGAAAGAGGGAAGGCGGUCGGAUCUUGGAAAGCCCGACGUGGAGUGAAUGCCAGACGAUUCUGCAGAAUCCGGGAUUACCGCCAUCAGGGAGAGGGGAGGAGCAAAGGAUAGAUGAGGGAGAAACGGCGGACAGGCGGAUAGGGGAGGAAUUACAGUCGACGGAGAAUGGGGAGCCGCGACGAAGGGACGAGAGAGAGGUGGGGGACAGAAGGAGGGGGGAAGAUAGAAGAGGAAUGUGGAGGGGAGACAGUCAAAGGGCCGGGGGGAAUGAAGGAAUGCAAAGGGUUCAGGAGGAGGGAGGACAAACUUCCACACCAAACCAGAUAUGUGAUCUCAACCUUCCCCGGCGACCCCCAAUGGACGACACGAUUACCUCUCAGGGGAGGACCAGACUGGGCUCCCCAGAGCCUCGUCGACGAGCUGUGGACGAAGAUCCGGAUGAACAACCAGCGGAGAGAACAGCGGGGGCUAACCAGGAUCGCAAAGAGGAGACGCGCGUAAAUGCCAGACCAAGGAUGCUGUUGCUUGAUCGGGCGUUCGACGAUCUCCGCAGGGCGGGCCGAUUACGGCUGGUGCCGCUGGCUUUUAGAAACGAUUUGGGUAGCCUUGAUAUCCUCAUUGCGGACCACGAAGCAACUGAAAUGGAGGUCCGUUUUGCGAUGGUGGGAUUCGAGGAUCACCCUUCGCAACAGCGCGCUAUUACAACCGCCAGGGGUUGGGUGGGGAACAACUACGUUAUAACACCCGUCUCUGGAGUUUCGGCGAUACGAUUGUUGGAAAGGGGCGGGGAUGGCCGGGUGAUGGGCCUUAACUGCUUCAUGUUGUAGGCGGCGUUCAAUAUCGAUGCAUGUGUACCAUCGCUGGCCCCGCAAUUCAUGUGGCAGGAUUUUUGACAGACCUUGGACUGCGCAAUGCAGACAAAUGGAUAUGCAACAACGGACACAGUGGCGGUCCAUAUUUUGAGGGGAAUUGAUCAACGACUGCCGGACGAUAAGAAGUUCACACACUAUGAGUUCUGGCUGAGGGGAAUGCAAUGGCCCAUGCUUAGAGACCCGAUGCAACGCGGCCGCCGGCAACCCGCGUCAUCGCCACAAGACAUGUCGUCGGCAGCAGGAAGGGGCCAAGGGGUGUCGGCUCGGCAACAAAGGUACCAGACCAGG